AUGAAAAUGUUGAAUCCGCGCAAAGCCCGGCUGGAGCGCCGGACAAUUGGCUCAACCAACCGGUGGCGUUUCCCCAAACAGCCCUUCUCUGGAGACCUGCUGUCACUUUCCCAAAUGUGCAAGGCACUGAACCUAGACUUUGACGAAGCUCUGAAGGACCCAGACAGGUUAUGCAUUUCAUACAUUCAGAAAUUUUUCUCCGAGACUUUCAAGAAUGAGGCCAUCCAAAGUGAGGAGGCAGAUGUGAUUCUCGAAUGCCUGGGCUUCAAGUGGGAACUCCAUCAGCCCCAGCUUUUUCAGUCUGAGACCUUGACCAAGCUUUACUUGGCAGCCCUGGCACCGGGCACAACAAGCUCCCUGAAGGGACUGGAGAAGCUUCUGCAAGCUCAAGCACCUGGGAAGAUCAAAGAACGAUCCCCAGUAAAGAGGAUAAUUAUCUCCUUGAAGAUCAAUGAUCCACUGGUCACUAAAGCUGCCUUUGUCACGGCCCUGAAGAACCUCUAUAUGAGCGAGGUGGAGAUGAGCAUGGAUGACGUACUGGGAGUGUUGGCUUCCGCCCACAUCCUCCAGUUCAGCAGCCUGUUUCAAAGGUGCGUGGCCAUGAUGAUGUCCGGACUCACACCAAGCACCAUCAAGAACUUCUACCUGGCCGGCUGCAAGUACAAAGAGGAGCAGCUCACCACCGCCUGCGAGAAGUGGCUGGAAAUGAACUUGGUCCCUCUGAUGGGGACACAGAUACACCUCCGAAAAAUCCCACAGGACCUGCUCCAAAAAGUGCUGAGGUCCCCCAGGUUGUUUACCUUCAGUGAAUUUCAUCUUCUGAAAACAAUUCUUUUAUGGGUCUUCUUGCAACUGAACAACAAAAUUCAGGCAAUUCCGAUUCAUGAAACCGUGCUGGCAUUUUUUACCAGCUUUCCCAAGAACUGCUGCUUUCUGGACCGGGACACAGGACAGAGUUUGGUGCCGCUCUUUCUUUGCUUGCGACUGCAUGGCAUCACCAGAGGUGAGGACUUGGAAGAGUUAAGGCACAUUAACUUCUUCCCGGAGUCGUGGCUGGUCCGGGUUACAGCCAACCAUUACUAUGCUCUGGAGAGUGGGGGUGACAUGGUCCAUCUGAAAGAUUUUACCAACCAGGCUCUGAGAUUUGGGCUGCUCUUUUCCCAGGAAUAUACAACUUAUUCAAAAAUGAUUGCUGUGUAUGGAUUUUUCUUUGAGAUAAAGGGAAUCAAACAUGAUGCAACCUCAUAUAGUUUUUACAUGCAGAGAAAAAGGCACACGGACCUGGAAGUUUCUUCCUUGGUCGGUGAGUACACCCUGGUCAGCCUGAGAGCAGAACGCUUGGUGAAGUAUGAGAUCCGAGCCCAGGCCCUGGUGGAUGGCAGGUGGCUGGAGUUCAGGACAAACCAGAUCACACAGAAGUUUGGAUUCAUCAAGCCGACCUGCAAAAGCCAUGCCUUGAAAAUCCAAACUGUGGGCAUCCCAAUCUACGCAAGUUUCGCAUUCAUCUUCCCAAUAUCUUGACAGUUUCCAGAAGAAUCCAUGGGCUUUCCUCUCCCCGCCAGUCUGCAUAAAAGAAAAUAAAAUGACAUGAAAGGGA